GUGUGUGUGUGUGUGUGUGUGUGUUCACCUUGUCUGGGUGUGUCCCUCUAAAAGCAGCAGGUACUGUCGCACUCUGGUCUCUGUCUCUGCUGGAAACACUUGAACCGUACAGGAUGGAUCUGUUCGCCUUUAAGACGCUUCUGUUUCUGCUCUCUUUUAUUGGAUGCUGUGCUGGGACUGACAUCCUACCGACUGGUCCCGUGGACGCGAUUUUGGGGAGAAAUGUGACUCUAAAGACCCUGCUUGACAAACCAGAGUUCUCCUUUCUGGUCUGGAAUUUCAACGGCGGGACUGAGGCAGUUAAUGUUGUCACCGUGACUAAAACUGCGCUGAAAGUGAACCCAGAUUACCAGGGAAGAGUGUCGGUUAACCGGACCAACGGAUACCUGACCCUGGCGUCCCUGAAGGCGGAUGAUAGUGGAGAUUAUAGCCUCACCUUGACAACAGAAACGGCUGAUACUACAACCGGAGAGAUAAAGCUCAGAGUUCUGGAGCCAGUGUCUGGUGUGGUCAUCAAGUCCAGCGUGCCAGAGGCAAUCGAGAAGAAAGACACCGUGGUUCUGACCUGCUCCGCCAAAGGCUCCUUCCUCAAGUUCACCUGGCUCAACGGUACCACGCCCAUCGUGGUCGACGGCAAUCGGCUGUCAGUGGAAGGGAAGGAGCUGUCCAGUGCGCUGACCAUCAGAAAUGUUUACAGGACAGACCUGGUUGGUCCCAUCUACUGCAGAGUGGCAAACAACCUGGAGACGGAGAACAGCGCCCCCUUCAACCUCACCGUCUACUACGGACCAGAGGCUGUCACCAUCACUCCUUCGAAGACUCCCCUGGUCCUCAAAUCCGGCACCAACUUCAGCCUGACCUGUUCGGCCGUCUCCAGCCCACCCGCCACAUUCACCUGGUACCACAACAAUACGAUUAUGGAGAUCGGAGGUCCCCUACUGACUCUGGAAAAGAUCAAAGAACAUGGAUUGGGGGACAAAGAGGAACCCUACAUGUGCAAGGCUGAAAACACCAAAACCAAAGGCACUGUCGCUUCUUCUGCUGUUUCCAUUCGUGUGAUGGAGGGCAUCUCAGGUGUUACAGUCACCGGUCCGAAGGCUGUCCUUAUCGCUGACAACAGCACGGCCAACAUCAGCUGCCAGGCAGCAGCUGGCGUAGUGGAGAAGAGGUCCUGGAUGAAAGACGGCAAGCCUCUAGCUGCCAGUGCCCGUGUGGUGUUUUCCAGUGACCAGAGCUCCGUGAUGAUCAACCCGGUGCAGAAAGAGGACAACGGAGAGUACAAGUGUGAGCUCAGCAACCACGUCAGCACGGCCCAAAACUCCUACAAGAUGGUGGUCAACUACGGUCCCGAAGCAGCGAUGGUGAAGGGUGAAGAGAAGGUCGAAGUGAAUGAAGAAGUGACGCUCACAUGCUCUGCCGUCUCCGUCCCUCCCGCCAACUUCACCUGGAAGUUCAACGGAACAGCGACCAAUGUCAAAGGGCCCACGUAUGUCAUCCCAGGGGCUGCUUACAAAAACAGCGGAACGUACACAUGCGAGGCGAACAACGUUGUCACCGGCAAGACCACCAUGCACACCCACACGCUGUCCGUCAAUGCAGAGGGAACAUUGGACGGUCUCUCAGACGGAGCCAUCGCUGGAAUCGUCAUCGCCGUCCUCGUCGCUCUCGGUGCCGCCAUCGGCUUAAUCAUCUACUGCAGGCAGAAAGUACCAUGCAAAAAUGAAGACAUAGAUUUAAGGGUCGAGUCACCGUACUAAAGAAGUUCCUGCAUGCUGCUGCAAUUGCCGGCCCAAACAUCCAACCAUUUUGUUUCCCAUGAUCCAUCUGUGCAGCCAGGAGGAGCAUCCAGUUGGAUCCAGCUGGUUUCCUGUGAAGCCUGAACCAGCUUCCCCAUCAUCCCUCUCUCUCUCUCUCUCUCUCUCUCUCUCUCUCUCUCUGGCUGACGAGGACAACUUGAUUCAACCCAAACAUCGGAUUCUAUCAGUUUGGAUUAUUAGCUGGAAUCUUCUCAUCUUUUUACGUUUUCUUGAGCUUUUUUCACCUUCCAACCGCCACCGGUUCAUCACCUCCCUCUCCUCUUCCACCGGCUGUCAACAAACGCCACCUUUCACAUUUGGUCUUUUUGGCUUUGCCGCUUCCUUCGGGAAACUAAACACACCAAGAAACUCUGUGCGAUCAGAGACGUUCCUGGACUGAGGCGGACGGACUGGCGGUUACGAUGAGUGAGACUCUUUAUCCGGCUGGAAACCUGAGGAGGAAACACACACACUCACACACACACACACACACACACACUGUGAUGCUUGGCUGAGGCCACACACGUCGACAUUCAGGACUCUGGGUAAAAAUAAUAUCUGUGGUUUGAUUUAUCUCACCUUCUGUGCCAGGUGGGUGGAGACGGGGUGGGUGGGGGUUUUCUCUGUACCUGACGGCGUUAUCGGAGGACAGUUUGAGCCAAAAUACCUCAGUUUCUCCGGUGCUCACAAUUUGUUAGAAACACGUUGAGUUUCCUCUCCCGUCCAGCUGCUUUCCCGCACUGAGCUUCAAUCUUAAACCAUCUUAACCAAAACAGGAUUAAUUAAAGGUUUUUAAUGAGUUAUUUUUACCAUUAUUUUGUAUCACUGCCCUUUUUAAAGUGCCAGAUUGUGGCAUCAUUAAGUACAAUGCAAAGCAAGAUGUCCUAAUAUAAGGAUAACAACAGAAAUAAUAAACUAUAAUAAUAAUUUUAUUUAUAUAGGGCCAAAAGAAAGUGCAAAGUUACAAAGUGCUAUAUAAAAUAAGAUUAAAACAAAAAUAAUGUAUUUUAUUUAUGAUAAAUAGAUUUUAAAGUUAGUAAAACUUUAAAGCAGGGUCCCAAUUAGAGGCAGGUCUCCUUUACUAGCCUGGUCUGGAUUUUAAAGUUCUUUCAAUGAAUAAAACCUCUUAAAUCCCACCAAGUCGCCCAGAGCUCUACACAAAUAUUCAUUUUAGGGAAACUAUGAGCACAAAGUAUAAUUAAUUCAGAUUUAUCCGAGGUAUCUGUAACUGUGCUCUAAGAAACUUUUUUAUUAGUUUCAUCCACUAGAAACCAGUUUAUUUUGUGUAAGUUUAUUUUCCAACUGUAUAAUAUCAGCUCAGUACGAAUCAACAUCACUGUUCUUUCCAAAAGGAGUAUUAAAAAAGUAUAUUUUUAUCAGUUUCCAUCAGGCUGUAAUAUCUGAGAUACACACAACUCUCUCCUUCCGUAACCUUUGCUGUGAUCCUGAUUUCUUCCCGCCGUUUUCCUCUGCGGUUUCUUUACGGUCCAGGAUCCUCUUCAGCGUUUGUUUCUGUACAAAUGCAUUAGAGUAGAAAGAGGCGGAGGUCAGAUGUUUAAGGCGGCACGGACAAGAUUCAACACGCGGAGGGAAGACAGAAAAAAAAGAGCGGGAAGGUGUUUGUUGGCGGCGACUUACUUUGAGUUUUGGAGGGAAAGUUUGGUGAGCUUCAGGGCGUUGCUACUGAGUCUUUUUAAACCACAAUUGAAUAGAAGUUGUUUUAAACUAAAUUAUAGUUUUCACGGGUUAAUAACACGCCAGAUUUUCAUCUGGAAACAAAACCGCUUUUUGUAUUUUUUGAAGUUCAGAUGUCUUUUCUGGGUGUUUUUUGCCGUCAAACAUCAGAUCAUUACUUCAGUUUGAGCUGAUUCUGUUUGUGAUCUCAGACUCCAACAUGCACUGAUCUCCAGUGAGAAAAGUAUUUAUUUUGUUUAGAAAAAAAAAAGCCUUGAUAGCUGGAACUGAAGAUCAUAGCCGGUCUGCAGGUCACACAUUAAAAAUCUCAUUAACUUGUUGUUGUGUUUUUUCACUUUGUGCGUUUUCACCCUGAACUCAGCGGUUGAAGUCAAACAACAUGUCGUUUUCAACACGUUUCUGUCUCCAGUUUGAGACACAAACAGCUCCGAAUGUAUCCAUAACAACACACAGUGUCCUCAACGAGACGCAUGUUCGAAACCGACUCAAACAGCCUGAAAGAGAAACUGCCCUCAUUGUAAAUAAUAGAAACAAACACACUGUAAACAUUUGUUUUGUGAGGGUAUGUGGGGUUUUUAUUGCUUAUCUAAUUUUUGUUUGUUUUGUUGAUGUUUACAGAAACUCUUCCUUCUCCUGUAAAAUAAAAAAAGAUAAAAGAAAUCAAAUCCAUGUCCAAUUUAACAUCCUUGUAAAGCCAUAAAAGUUGUGGAAAUAUUUUCCUAA